AUGGGCUUCACCACUGGAUUCACCGGCGGUGUAACCGUAACCCUAGGCGUAGCCUACCUCACAGUCCUCGCCCACCAACGCAACCGCGAAAGCCAAUCCCACACCCUCCGCACCCAACACCACGUCCUCUCUUCCCUCCUCGAGCCCCAGAUCCGCAUCCCCCCGCCCCUGACCCGCGCCGAACAGGCCGUCAAGGACCGCGAGACGCUCCUCACCUCCGCCAAAGACCGCUGGAACCGUGAGGUCGAGAACGCCGUCCGCUGGGCGCAGCGCACCGACUGGGGCGAGGUGCGCGAGGGUCUCGAGAGCGGCGCCGCGCGCUUCUGGGGCGGCACCAUUGAAAAGGCCGGCGAGGCGGAGCAGGCCGUCGAGAAGAGCGCCGUCCCGCUGGCCAAGGAGGCUUCGGCGAAGGGCGCUGCCGCUGCGGAGGCGUCGGGUGCGGAGGUCAAGAAGGAGGCGCGCAGCGCGUGGGAGCGCGCGAGGGAAAAGAGCCUUGCUGCCGAGGAGGCUGCGCGCGCCAAGGCCGUCGAGGCGAAGAAGCUGCUCGACGCGAAAGCCGCCGAGGCCAAGAAGAUUGUCGACAGCAAGGCCGCCGAGGUCAAGGCCGUUGUCGGCGACGUGGUGGACAAGGGACGGCGCCAAGGGGAGGCGGUGCUCGUGGCGGCGAAGCAGGCGGUGGGCGUGGCCGAGGACAAGGUCAGCAUCAAGGCCGACGGCGCGGUGGCGCCUGCGACGACGCCGGUGCAGAAGGCGCUGCACCAGCGGUAUGAGAAGCCGAGCGGGCUGACCAAGAGCGUCAAGGAGGUGCUGGCGGAGCGGUACCGCAAGAUGGACGAGCAGGAUAAUACGCAGCUUCGGGGUAUUUGA